AGCCGAAACUAUCCAGUAGAGUGUGCCGUAUUAGUAAACAAUUAUGUCUGAUAAAGACAUAACCACCUUCGAUAAAGAUACAGAGAAGAAUAGUGAGCUAUUUCUCGUGGACAGCCUAGAGGGCGAUAGUCCUAAACUCUGGCCAGCUUGGAAGAGAUGGUCGCUCACAGUCUUUGUUGGUAUUAUCGCUAUAGCAUCAGCGAUGGCUAGUGCAGGCACUACUGGUGUUGCUGAGGAUAUAAUGGCCGAGUUCGACUUUACAGACGAAAUUGAAGCUACACUUUGUUUGAGUGUAUACAUGCUUGGCUAUGUCCUUGGCCCUAUCUGGGGACCCGCUAGUGAAGCAUUCGGUCGGAAGUAUACCCUGAUUUUCUGCCUUUGGGUGCUCACACUCUUUAACAUCGCAGACGCAGUCUCUAGUACGCCAGAAGCUCUAUAUGUUUGUAGGUUCUUUGCCGGUUUCUUCGGUGGUUGUAUGAUUAUUGUCGUCGGCCCCUGUAUUGGAGACAUGUUCACGGCAAAGGACAAACAAGUUGCACUCGCAAUAUACGCAUGCUGCCCCUACCUCGGUCCUAGCAUUGCUCCCAUAGUUAGUGGAUUUAUACACGAUAGCGGCACAAGUUGGAGGUGGAUGUUUGGCGUACUCGCUAUAUUCAGCGGGAGCUGCGCGAUAUUGGCUCUAUUUAUUCUCCCAGAGACAUAUGAACCCGUUUUGCUUGUCUGGAAAGCAAAGAAAUUGCGCAAGGAAACCCAAGACAAACGGUACGUCGCACCAAAAGAACUCCAGACAAAGGGUAUGUCUGGAGUCAUGAACGACAUUUUCACAAAACCAUUUGUUAUGCUCGCAUACGAACCUAUGCUUGCUGCACUCAGCUUCUAUAGUGCUUUCGUUUAUGGUGUUCAAUACCUCCUUUUUGAGGCCUUUCAAUUCGUUUAUUCGGCAGAGAAGGGUGGUCAUGAUAUGAGCAAUGGCGUACGUGGUCUCUGUUUUAUACCACUCUCGCUCGGUAGUGUCAUCGCUGCAAUGGUUACUGCUCUUUUCUUCAAUAGACGCUAUAUUAAGCGAAUGAAUGAGACAGGUGAGAAGCCACCUCCAGAAAUAAGAUUAGAAGGUGCCUGUUUGGGUGGUAUAUUCGGUAUUAUCUUCUUCUUUUGGUUCGGAUGGACAAGCUACCCAUGGAUCAGCCCGUGGUCGCCUAUAAUAGCCAGUACGCUGUGGGGAGCAGCACAGUGUAUGGUUUAUCUCGCUCAAGUGAGUUAUAUCAACGACUGCUAUACUAUUAGUGCAGCAAGUGCGCUCAGUGGUCUCGUCAUGUGUAGGAGUUUGUUUGCUUUCGCAUUUCCGCUCUUCGCAAAUAAGAUGUACGAGGGGAUUGGGCCACGUUGGGCAUGUACGAUACUUGGUAUAGUCCAGAUUGUCCUUGCUAUUGUUCCCUGGGUUUUGAUAUACAAAGGACCAGCAUUCAGGGCUCGUUCUAAGUUUGGAGAAUGAUUACAUUGACUCGGAUAUUCAAUUUAGACUAUUUGCAUACUUUUACAUAAUCAUUGCAUUUUUCACGUGUAUAUUAAUUAUCGGAUGAAUAUAUUUUUCUAGCUUUA